AUGACAACAAAAGUUAAGAGAGUAUUAACAUUCGGAAAAAAGAAAACCUCUGUUGCAGUAGCAACUGUAACCAAUGGAAAAGGGUUAAUAAAAUUGAAUGGAAAAAACAUAGAUUUAGUAGAACCCUAUAUUUUAAGAACAAAAGUUUAUGAGCCAUUAUGGUUAAUUGGAUCUGCUAAAUUAAAGAACUUAGAUAUACGUGUUCGUGUUAAGGGUGGAGGUCAAACUUCUCAAAUUUAUGCAAUCAGGCAAGCUAUCAGUAAAGGUAUUAUUUCUUAUUAUCAAAAAUAUGUAGAUGAAUCAACAAAAAAAGAAUUAAAAGAUACCUUAUUAAGAUAUGACAGAACUUUAUUAGUAGGAGACACAAGACGUUGCGAACCCAAAAAAUUCGGUGGUAAGGGUGCACGUGCAAGAUACCAAAAAUCAUACAGAUAA